UUUCCUUUCUUUUUUUUCUUGUAAAUAGUAGCAGUAGAGCUGCCAGUUUUGCAAACAUUCCAAACUUCAGACUACACUCUGAUAUGUUUUUAUGUGUUCAGAAAACUGGUUCGGUCCUACUGUUGCUGUCCCACGCACCUCCUCUGUCAAAACAACUGAAACCUUUGUCACGGAAGACGGAAGCGCAGAAGCAUCUUUUUGCCCCUAUUCCUACCCGACGGAGACAGACAACCUUGCUUCUUUGCUCAAGCGCUCUCGUGCUUCUCAGUCCCAGCUCUCCUUCCCAGAUCCCCACUUCUCGUUCGCGUCCUCCUUCCGUCGGCCAUCGCCCACUACUCCUCGCCGUCCCACCGCCCCGCACCACCCAGGCACCCACACCCACCACUCACUUCCAUUCCAUCCCACCUCCGCGCUCCCGCAAUUCGCGUCGCCGACACCCCGCCCCCGCUCGGCGCUGGAGAACAAAGAGCGCGACGAGCGCGCGGCGGCGGGCGUAGCCAUGCUCCACAAGUUCGCGCUCGCGGUCAAGACCAAGACCAUCGAGUUCUUCGCCGAGGAGGACGAGGACGAGGACGAGGACGCCGACCGGUUCGCGCGCUCUCUGUUGCCGGGGGCGGACGGGGUACUUGCCGGGCAGCGGGUUGUCGUGCUGAAGCCCGACCCGCCGAACCCUAACCCUAGCGCGGAUGGGGACGGGAAGGCGGCGUCCGGGCAGGAGGCCGCCGUCGCCGCGGCGCUCGCGACGGCCUCGUCGUUCCAGGCGGCGUACCUGCACCUGCAGGCCGCCCACACGCCGUUCCUGCCGGACGCGGCGGCGGCCGCGGACGCCGCCGCGGUGUCGCACCUCCGGCGGCUGUCGGAGUUGAAGCGGAUCGCGAGGGACGGGCCGGUGGACCCGCACGGCGGCGGGACCGGGACCACCCUCACGGCGCACCUCGAGGCCCAGGUGCGCGAGAACCAGGCGCUGCUGCGGUCCUUGGACGCCGUGGUGAACCGCCUGCAGGCCGCGCUGGACGCCAAGGACGCCGCGGCCGCCGCGCUGCGGCUGGACCUCGAGGCGCUGGACGGCGGCAACGCGCGGCUCGCGGGCCGCCUCGACCGCGCGCUGGCGGCCCCGCCCCCGCCGCAGCCGGGCGGCGGCGACGCCGUCGGCGCGAUGCUGUCCGCGGGCGUCUUCGACUCGGUGCUCCGCGACGCCCUCCGCGUGGCGCACCGGUUCGCCCGCGCGCUCGCCGAGGUCCUCCGGCGCGCCGGCUGGGACCUGGCCGCGGCUGCCGAGGCCGCCUACCCCGGUGUUUCCUACUCCAAGGCCGGCCACUGCCGCUACGCGCUCCUCUCCCGCGUCUGCCUCUCCAUGUUCGACGGGUUCGACUCGCACCAAUUCGGCGCCACAGCUGGCACGGCAGAGCUCGGAGGAACCGAGCCGGCAACAACCCGUAGGAACGAGUCGUUGCGGCAAUUCAUCGAGCACUCGGACGCAGACCCCAUGGAGCUGGUGAACUCGAGGCCGGACUGCGAGUUCGCCCGGUUCUGCGACCGCAAGUACAAGCAGCUGAUCCAUCCUGGCAUGGAGUCCUCGCUGUUCGGGAACGCAGGCUGCGGGACGCUGCCGGUGAUGAGCGUGGCCGGCCCACUCUACGAGCUGUUCGUCGCAAUGGCAAGCUCGGUCUGGACGCUCCACAGGCUAGCCUGGGCGUAUGACCCAGCGGUCGGCGUAUUCCAGGUUGGCCGGGGCGCAGAGUUCUCGAUGGUGUACAUGGAGAACAUUGUCCGGUCGUCCAAGGGUCUCGCGGGGAGCAGGGAGCCCGGGAAGCCGGCGCGACGACCGAAGGUCGGGUUCACCGUGGUGCCGGGCUUCCGGCUCGGAGGGACGGUGAUCCAGUGUAGGGUGUAUCUAGAUCACGGGAAGAGGGGAGAGGAAACUAUUAUAGACUCGAUUUGAGAUGAAGCGAAACUUUAUAUAUAUGUAUGUAUAGUCAAAGAAAGAAACUGUACAUUCGAAAACGAAAGGAGGUUAUUAUAUGUGUAAAGGCGGUCAAGAACAGCGCGUGGAAAUAAUCUGCAGGAUCGAAGUCGCUGGUCAAUGAUGAGUAUAAAGAAAGCUACUAAGUAUCUUUUGUUUUAGGGUUUUUUUAGCUGAAAGGAGGGGAAGGGGUAGUAUUGUGUUGGGCUGUGUACAAAAAGGUCAUCAGGUUCAGAGAGAGAGAGGAAGAGAGCUUUGUGUUCUAACAGAAUCGAAGAGUUAUUAUUAUUUAUCUAAUCUUCGGUAACUUAUUUGUCUGUAGCUCGGUUCCACCUGUAAAUGUGUACUUAUGAGCACGUGCUUGCGGAUCUCUAAUAUUUAGAAACCCAGCUCAUGCACUUGUCGUGC